AUGGCUAGAUCAAUCUGCGACAUCGACUGGUCGAUUGACGACAAGACGCAGGAAGAAUGGGCCAAACAACGUGGCGCAUGGGCCACAUCGAGUGAGCAGGCAAAGAGUGGGAAAGCUAGGAAUGUCUGGGCAAACUUGAUCGACCUGGCAAGAUUCUAUUUACACGGCCGCGAAUGGAAAGGCAGACGCUCCCUUGUGGCAGCCCGGAAAUCGAUGAAUGACUGGGAGGUGGAUGAUAAGGAGUGUGGUUUCGAAGAGGAGUAUCCUUCAUCCAAGGAGGUCGAGUACGAGUAUCCAGGUGAACAGGAGUAUCCAGAUCCAUUUGAGGAGUCUGUUCUUGCUUGGGGUCAGAGGUGUCAAGGUUACACGGAAGGCCUCAGCGUCCUCUGCGGGACGUUUUCCUCGACUCUCGAGCCUCUGAGAGACCUGGCAGUUCCGGACAGAAGCUGCAAGGUUCAUGUCCCUGUUCUCACUUGGGUUAAUGACACCGUUGUCUGCGUGCCCGGCUUACCGGUGCCCCUCUGUUUGACCGGUUUAACGGUGCCUGUUUCCUCGAUCAGAAUGGGUUGCUUGCAAUCGCUUUGCCAAUUGGAUUUGCGUGAGCAACAUUCCUCUCGAAGGACGAGUCGCUUGAGAGUCUUCCUCUCCACGACCCAGCGCAAUCGACAAACACGACAAGAUGUAAUCCUGCAGACUUUGAAGAAUCCCAGGGUCGACUGGGCGUACUGUCCAACUCUGCCUACUGCCAUCCUGUUCAGCAUUCUCGUCCGGCUGACAACAUGUGCUCACCUGCCGCGAACAAUCUACUACCAGCAGAAGAGUGUUGCCAUCAUCAUCUUUGGAGGUCUUCUUGAGACAGUGGCGUUCAGUUUCUGUGAUUCAAACACCCCACCUGGACCCUGUAUACGAAGCUGAAUUCGUUCUGGUUCUCAUCGCGCCCUUGUAGAUGAAUGCAUAUGACUUCGUCAUACUGGGUUGGUUGGUCAACUAUUGCAUGCCUGAUCGCAAGCUGUCGCGAGUCUCUGCGCGAAGAAUCGCAGUCAUCUUGGCUUGCUCCGAUGUUGUGUACGUACCUACUGUGAGACUCGAUGAUUGAGUAGGGUCGCAGACGACGACAAGGACAUCCUCCGUUCAGCUCGCGGGUGAGGCUUACGACUUCCCACAAUACCAAGACGGUCAAUAUGGCAUUGCACAUCUGCACAGCAGGUGUGGUGUUGCAACAAUUCUUCAUCUUGUCUUCAUCAUGUUUGCCAUAGCCUGCGAGCGCCGACUGACGCGUGAGUGCGACGCGGUCAAGGCAACAAAUGCGAAGAGACUGCUCUAGGCUCUCGAUGGAUCCUUGGUUUUGAUCUCGGUGAGUGAAUCGAGU